AGGUGAUCGGAGAGAACAAGUGAAGAUGUUUUGGAAGUACAAUUUUAGCUCCUCUGCGCAGAUAGAGACUCUGCUCCAAAAGGAAGAUGUCACAUUAUUCGAGCUUAUGGACGAGGAUGAGCUCCUCCAGGAGUGUAAGGCGCAGAAUAGAAAACUCAUAGACUUUUUGACUCGAGCCGAAGUCCUUGACGAAAUGGUGUACUUGGUAGUAAAUGAGCCUUCGGCAGAGGGUGAGAUGCAAAUGAGGUUUAAGUAUGCUAACCUUGCUGCAGAGCUACUCACAGCAGAUGUGCCAGCUAUUAUUGAUAAGUUGGUGGCUUCAACCAGCCUCUUAGAUAUAUUGUACAAAUUUCUAGAGAAGGAGAAGCCACUUAAUCCAUUGCUGGCGUCUUUCUUCUCCAAGGUUCUAGGCAUGCUGGUUCAGCGUCGCUCCGAACAGAACUGGUAUUCCUAUCAGUUCACUUGCUUCCAGGUAUUGGACUUUUUAAAAUCCAAAGGUGAUUUUGUUGAACUGGCUGUACAACAUGUAGGGACCUCAGCUAUUAUGGAUUUGCUGCUCAAACUUAUCUGUAACGUUGAGGAGGAUGAAAUCCGGCAGAGCGUGCACCAGUGGUUGAAUGAGGGCCAACUAGUAGAGCGGCUAGUAGACAAGUUAUCACCAGAUGCCGACCCAGAGGACCACGCCAGUGCCGACAAUCUCCUGUGCGAAAUCAGCACGUCUUGCAGGGACACGUCCACCGACGGACACCAGCAGACUAAUCCUCUCCUGGCAACUCUGGAAAGUGAAGACACAGUAAAUAAAUUGCUAGAUUUGCUCCUCCAUGAAGACCGGAACGACUCUUCACUCUCUCACGUGAUCAACAUCCUGCUUACUCUCCUGUCUGCUCGAACAGUUGCAACAGUCUGUAUCCGUUGAUUCAAGUGAUAGUGAAUCAAGUGAUGGGAGGAAAAAUGCAGUUGCAAGAAUUAUUGCCAAACGUCUACCAAGUCUUCAAAACAUCCUACUACACCCACCCAAGAAAGGGUUGUUACUGACUGCGUACGGCCAGGAAGUGGAGCCCCUCGGAAAUACCCGCCUUCAAGUCGUGACGCUGGUCGCUGCACUGGUCGCAGUCAAUGACCCUGUAGUCCAUAAUUCGCUCUAUGAACUUAAUACGGUUGAAUAUCUGUUGGACUUGUUUUUCAAAUUUAUGUUGAACAACUUCUUACACACCCAAGUGGAGCAGUGCCUGACCGCCAUUCUUACGAAGGCUCCAGCAGCAUCCUCUCCAGAAGGCGACACAGACCAUCGGUUGCUGACGCAGCUCUUCAAUGAGGGACGCAUCAUCGAGCGCGUCGUAGAGGCUUUUGACGAGUCCAGUGAAAGACAAGAAUGCAAACAGAUACACAAUCUUAAAGGUUACAUGGGUCACUUACGACAACUGGCUAACACCAUUGUACAGCAAGCAGAGUUUGGUCCAAAUGAACACCGCAUAAAGCAGCUAAUACAGGGCCUGCCUGGGGAUAAGGCCACCCAGUGGGACGAUUUUGUUUCCAAUGCGCUGGCAGAACUCAAUCGCAAGAACAAAAUAACUCGUCUUCCGGUUCACGGGAUGCAUCAUCAUCUUGACUCUGAUGACGAUUCCGACGAUGAUACAAACUUUUUCCCACAAACCUUUGACAAUCCCGUGGUCAAACAGCUGUCCUAGCAGAGGGCAGUGCAAAGGAGAAGGAAUCCUGUUCUAGUUCCGAUGACGAGGACGAGGAAGAAGGCAUCAGAGGGUUGUCUUCAGGAGAAACGAAAAUGGAAGUGGAUCCAGAUGUUUCAAACUCGUGGAAUAGCUAUGAUUGGGCUGAGGUGUUCGACAAGCGAGGCAGCGGGGGUGAAAACGGAGGGGAUGAACCCGUGAAUCCCUGGCAGUCAGCGCCCAUGUCCGACACCUCGGAAAAUAGUGGCUGGGCAGACUUUGGUGGAAGUGGCUUUAGUGGUAGUGGUCCUGCUGACUGUUUUGCACAACCUAUCCACAAGGCUGAGACAUUUACCGCAGAUUUCAGCUCUAACUUUGGAAGUACCGUGACUCAGGAAAACAGCUCAACUCCCGCUGUUUUUGGUGAAACUGCUGCUUCCAACCAAGAGGCCUUCAAAGCUGACUUCUCAAAUAUAAACUUUGAUGCAGGAUUUGAAGCUAACUGUGAUGAUAAGAGUGCAGUCACUUCUACAGGGGACCCUCAGAAUAGUGAUUUGGAAGAAACAGAGACAGGAACCACUGAUAAAGAAGAGGCAGAAGACAAGGAUGAGGAGGAGCUCAUGGAGAAUUUCAACUUCCUAUCAUCUCGAGGGCUUAUGAAGAUGAGUGGUGAGAACGCAGGUAUCAGUGAAGCAGGUACAACACACACCAUUCCCAGUGAAAAUGACGAGCAAACCUCAGGACCGCCGAGCCCGCCUCAGGGGGAGACACUACCAGAACCCACAGCACAAAGCUAGUUUCCAGACAAGGCUGAGGAGUGGGAGGGUCAACUGUAUGAGGAUGUGAAAAGAAAGUGGAACAGCCACAACAGCUCAGGACUGCGAUGCCUGAAACGUACUUCCAAUUCAAAAUGCUCUCGAUAACCUCACAGAAACUCCCAUGGAAUUGCCUUUGUUUAGUUUUGUAUUAAUCGUAAUGGAUGUUGUCUCGACACAAACCACCCAACAGUCAUCGUUUCAUGAAUAUUAAAGAGUUCCAGUGGCUUAGUGAAAUGGAAUCCAGACUUCGCUUGUGCGUGGUCGAGUUUUAAAUGUUACGGUCUUAAAGAAGAAGAAAAAGAGUGCAUCUGUGGAAUUAAGGAGAUAGAUUUGGUUUCACUGAGCCACAUUUUUAGAUGUAUUAUGCAGUUUAGGGGAAUGUGCCUAGACAAGUUACGCAGGAGAGUGGAGAUUU